ACCCCAUGACUUUGCCUACCCCAAGUUUAGUUGGUUUCGAGACCUAAAACGAGAUGCUGCUGCUUUGGAUUGGCUUGCUGGGAGUUUCCAGUGUUCGAGGAGCCCAGGUGUAUAUGCACUUCAAUGGGCAGGGUUACUCCUACAACACGGAUGGCGAUAGACUGGAUAGAAGUGUGAUGACCCCUAGUUAUGGAUCAUCAUCCUUGGACUCCUUUGGUCCUUUGCAGUUUGUGCAGCAGGCUUUGAGAAGCAGGAUGCAGCCUCUUCCCAGGAUUUCCUAUAAUAACCAGGAUAACCUGGCGUUGAGUAGAGGUUACCAAACACCCUUUCAACCCCUGCAGAGCGGACCAAACUUCCAUUUCAGCACUGACCAGAUGUCGCAUGCCCAGCACACCGAUGAGUCGGGAAACGUAUUGGGCAAGUACUCCUACUACGAUGAGGCUGGCUACCACGAGCUGAGCUACAAGGCGGGCGCCGGCAUCGGAUUCGUGGUCAUGGGUGGUAAUUUGGCCAAGGCCACCGCCUCUGCCGCCUCGGAACCACCGAACCACUCGGAAAUCGAAAUCGGAAACGGAAUCCAAACAAAUGCCUUGACAAGCCUGCAAGAGUUGCAUAAAUAUCGUGGCUACACGUAA